UUCGUCACGGGAGAGUUCAAAAGCCAUCGCACUUUCUUGCCCGAUGACGAGUACGGCAAGGCACUCGACAACUUCGUGAAGGGAUGCUCAGAUAUGCUGAUCACUGAUCCCAAGGGAAACAUUUUCCUCGGGAAGAGAAUAGUCCACCCUCAACCUGACUGGUGGUACGUCGGAGGGAGGAUGAUGCCCGGAGAGAGCCCCUCCUCAAGCUGCUCUCGGCUGCUCAAGAGAGAGCUGUCGCUAGACAUCGCCCCAGAGCGCUUCCGGUCCAUCUGCUACAACUCCAUGGCCUGGGGCAUGCGGGAACAGCAACCCAAAUCCAACGGUACCUGCGAUGUGAACAUCGUCCUGACUGUAGAGCUGACACAAGAAGAGAUAUCAAACAUCGUGCUCGAUCCAAACGAGUACAACGACUGCACGUGGGUGACAGCACAGGCCCUUCUGGCUGGCGACUACCAUCCUGCAUUGCAGUACUCCGCACGGGCGCUCCUUGCAGCCAACAAGCUCGCUGAGAUUCGCGAGCUCGAGAAGCAGGGGAACGCGGACGGCAAGGUGCUGGAGGCCCUUCGG